UCAUGAGGGAGUUUGGAGCAGCCAUACACUUGGACUCCAGAGGGAGGGUCUCUGAGUGUGAGAUUUUUAUGUCUGUGCUUCCAUUCAGUGGAUGCUCAGUGGCCCUUGCACAGCUUGGAUUUAACUGUUGAGCGGCUGGUUAACAGGUGGCGUGGUGGGAAACAGUGAGAGCUCUGUGUGGCGUUCGGUAGCUCUCUGAGACUCUUGGACGGCUGCUGCAGGACUGAGCGGCAUGGCCAGGAUCCAGAUCCUUCUCCUGGUUCUCUGUGUGGGGAGCCUGGAGGCCUGGUGGUGGGUCACAGAUACAGAAACCACCACGGAGACCCCGACAAACACGAUGGCAGAAGGAACAACAGCUGGCACCGUCACACCUGGUGGUAAAAAGGAGGAGGAGGAGGAUGACAACUUGUCUGGGGUUGGGGAAGAAAUCAUCAACGUGGCCAGUGGAAUCCGUAAGUUUGUCGCGGCGUGGGAUGCAUCGCCGACCCCAACCCCGACCAUAACCCCGACCCCAACCCCAACCAAUGGAACUGCUACUAACGGAAGCCUGACAGAGGUGGAGAGCGCUAACCCUAACACAACGGGAGGAAGUGGUUUUUCUUUCCUCCAGCUCAUUGGCGACCCGUUGCCUGAUGAGGUCACCAGGGCGUUCGGACCUCGAGGAGAGGCCACCUACGUCUUCACCUCUGCGGCGGUGUCGGGUCAGCCGGCUCUGGCCCUCGUCCCCAACCCUUUUUACCGCCACUUCUCCCUCCUCUUCCACAUCAAACCCACCUCCCCCUCCGCCUCCGUCCUCUUCUCCAUCACCGAUGGGCCGCAGAAGAUCAUGUACAUCGCCGUCAAACUCAGCGCUGUGCGGUCGGGUCGCCAGAAAGUGCAGUUCUUCUACACGGAACCCGACUCUGAGGCAUCGUACGAGGCGGCCAGCUUCGACGUGCCGAGCCUGGUGGGCACCUGGACUCGCUUCUCGCUGUCAGUCUUCGAGGAGCAGGUGACCUUUUACCAGGGAUGUGACUCCGAGCCCCAGGUGGUGAAGUUCGAGCGAUCGCCAGACCUCAUGGAGCUUGAUACGGCUUCAGGGAUCUUUGUGGGUCAGGCUGGAGGAGCUGAUCCUGACAAAUUCCAGGGAGAGAUUGCAGACCUGAGGUUGGUGGGAAACCCUCGUGCCGCUGAGCGUUUGUGCGAGGAUGAGGACGACUAUGACGCCUCUGGAGACUUUGGCAGUGGAGACGGCGAGAGGAGACAGACGGGUCACACUGUGAAGACCACCCCUGUACCCUUCCGGCCGGUGCCAGAGCCCCCACUCAUCCCCUCACAUGGAAGCAGACUCUCAGGUGCAGGCGGCGCCAAAGGUGAAAAAGGAGACAGAGGAGAGAAAGGUGCAAAGGGCGACCGAGGCCUCACAGGACUGAAGGGAGAGCCCGGGUCCAGCUUUGGUUCCUCUGGUUCCUCCUCACAGGGCGGAGAACGAGGACAGAAGGGGGAAAAAGGUGCAAAGGGUAGCUCAGGUAUCGGAUACCCUGGUAAUAAAGGAGAACGGGGGUCUCAGGGACCCCCCGGCCCAGCUGGACCCCCAGGACCUGCAGCAGAGGUGGUCCGACUUGGGGAUGGUUCUGUGGUGCAGCAGGUGGCUGGACCUGCUGGACCACCAGGGCGUCCAGGGACAGACGGGCCCCCGGGACCCUCAGGAGCUGAUGGGGAGCCUGGUGAUCCAGGAGAGGACGGAAAAGCUGGUCCAUCGGGCCCUAGAGGUUUCCCAGGAACUCCAGGAAGUUCUGGUCCCAAAGGACAAAAGGGUGAGCGUGGAGACGGACCACCAGGACCCAGAGGUCCCCCAGGACCACCAGGACCUCCUGGACCAGGCACCGGUGACCGCCCCACAUUUUUUGACAUGGAGGGCUCAGGAUUCCCAGACCUGGACAAAAUACGGGGCCCCCGUGGUCCUCCGGGCCCCCCUGGUCCCCCUGGCCCUCCUGGUACAUCAGUGGCAAUCGGGGCCAAUGGUCCAAUAGCCGUUGGACCUCCUGGACCCCCUGGACUGGAUGGAGCCCCUGGUCUACCAGGUCCUCCUGGUCCUCCUGGUCUACCGGGCCGACCUGGAGCCACAGGAGUGAAGGGUGACACUGGAGACCUUGGUCUUCCAGGAGCAGCUGGAGAAAAACAAGAGACACAAGACUCCAACUUUUUCACGGGCCUCUUCUCUUACUUUACUCCUGGGUCACAGGGUUCUCAGGGCGACCCAGGAAAUCCAGGCAACCCGGGACAGACUGGACUGGCAGGGCUUCCAGGUCCAAUGGGACCAGUUGGACCUCCAGGGCCACCGGGACCACCAGGACCCCCCUAUGGCUACGAUGGAUAUGAGGGCAACAACGGCCUACCUGGUCUCAGAGGACCACCCGGACCACAGGGCCCACCGGGUAUUGCAGGUCUACCAGGUAAACCAGGUUUACCAGGCAGCCAUGGAAAUAAAGGAGCAGAAGGACCACGGGGCCCAACUGGGAUUGCAGGUCUGGACGGGUUUCCUGGACAACCGGGUGAAAAAGGAGACCGAGGAGAAAAAGGAGAGAGGGGUCUGCCAGGGCGGGAGGGUGGCCCACCUGGACCUCCAGGGCCUCCUGGACCUCCAGGACGGAUCGUCCACCAACCAACAGGAGAUUAUAACGACGUAUAUUGGAACGAAGGGUGGGAGGGAACAGCUGGUCUCCCAGGUCGAGCAGGUUUCCCGGGCCCAGUGGGAGCAAAGGGAGAAAAAGGAGAUAGAGGUCCUGAGGGAUAUGCACCCAAGGGGGAGAAAGGAGAACCUGGAAUCAUCCUGGGACCGGAUGGCAGACCCAUGUACCUGGGUGGCCUGGCUGGAAAACAGGGGGACAUGGGGCCUCCUGGUCCUGAGGGGCCUCCAGGUCCUUAUGGUCCACAGGGGCCUAAAGGAGAGAUUGGGUUCCCAGGUAGACCAGGUCGUCCAGGCCUGAACGGAGCCAAAGGAGAGAAAGGAGACUCAGGCAGUGGAAGUGGAUAUGGUUACCCUGGUCCUCCAGGUCCACCAGGCCCCCCCGGACCUCCUGGUCCUGUCGACAGACUCAGAGGCUAUGAUGACUAUUCCAGAUAUCAAACUGGAGCUUCUAAAGGGGAGAAAGGUGAACCAGGAAUCCCAGGUCUACCAGGUGACGGCUCAAACUUUGACAUUCAUACUUACAUGAGUUACCUCAAGGGUGAACCUGGAACUCCAGGCUUUAAAGGAGAAAAAGGUGAGCCAGGUGGGGGUUAUUAUGACCCCCGGUAUGGAGGAAAUGGAUUUGGAGCUCCAGGAGUGCCCGGACCACCGGGUCCUAAAGGAGAUGCCAUCAUUGGGCCACAAGGGCCUCCGGGGCCACCUGGUCCACCAGGAAGAGGCUAUGAUGGUCAGCCUGGACCACCAGGACCUCCUGGACCUCCAGGCCCAUUCCUAUCAGGAACUUCCAGAGGCACACAGACCAUUAGUAUACCUGGACCCCCGGGACCACCUGGGGCACCUGGUUUACCUGGACACUCGUCAGGGGUGACAAUACUGAGGUCCUACGACACCAUGACGGCCACGGCCAGACGGCAGCCUGAAGGCUCCCUGGUCUACAUCCUGGACCAGACAGACCUCUACUUACGGGUCCGAGAUGGAGUCCGCCAAGUCCAGCUUGGAAGCUACAUUGCUUUGCCUCCUGAGAAUGGUAAUGAGGUUGCAGCUGUGGAGCCCCCACCGGUCGUUCCGUACUCCCCAGAUCAGCACUCCAACCCUGGCACCUCCGCACAUGAUGCCCAGAGGCAUCCAGAGAGUCCAGUUCACCCCCAUCCAGAUCAACAUCAUCCACAACCCCCCCACCCCGGGUACCCAACCCACCCAGAUCCAUAUCAUCCACAACCAUCCCACCCUGAAAACCCAACCCAUGCUGAAACACAUCAUCCACAACCCCCCUACCCUGGAUACCCAACCUACCCUGACCCACGCUAUCCAACCCACCGGAUCCACGGUACCCAGCACCAACUGAUCCCAGGUUUCCCAGUUACACAGACGGUUAAACAGCCAGAUGGUAGGUAUUCUACUGCCUAUGAACACCACACUUACCCACACCACCGCUACCCGGUCAACCCUCAGAGAAGACCAACCUCCUUCUGUGCCCCAGACUUCCGGUCCACCAUCACACACUCAGGUCCAGGGCUCCACCUCAUCGCCCUCAACAGCCCACAGACUGGCGCCAUGCGGGGCGUCCACAGGGCAGACUUCAUGUGCUUCACCCAGGCUCAAGCCAUCGGGAUGAAAGGAACCUUCCGAGCCUUCCUGUCCGCCAAACUCCAGGACCUCCAGAGCAUCGUACGCAAGGCCGACAGGAACAGUGUACCAAUAGUCAACCUGAAGGAUGAGGGUUCUGUUUGACAACUGGGACGCCAUUUCAACGAUGGCAGGAUGAAGGACAACGUGUCGCUCUACUCAUUUGAUGGGAAGGACGUCCUCAGGGACAACACGUGGCCGGAGAAGAUGAUGUGGCACGGUUCGACCAGCUCGGGUCAGCGCCACAUCGACAGCUACUGCGAGACGUGGCGCGUGGCCGACCAGGCGCUGACCGGCAUGGCGUCGUCCCUGCAGAGCGGCAGCCUCCUCCAGCAGAAC